AUGGACGGUCUCCGGUACGACGCGCCUGCGCCGGCUACUCUCGCUAUUGACGCUGCGGCUGGGCACCCGCCGGCCUAUCGCGUGGCGAGACGGCUACCGAAGCUGCCUGUAGCCAUCGACACAACCGGUCGCGUGAGCGAGAAGACGGAGCACACGUACACCCUCGCAAACAGGAAGGGAAAACCGUGGUUGACGCUGAAGCUGCGCAGCCGCGCACAACAGCCAAGUUUUCUGCCUUCGUAUAUCGAGGGCGACGAGAUUGCGGGACGGGUGGAGCUGGACGCGGAGGGCACGAACGGUAUCCGAGAAAUCGCGGUGGUUGUAAAAGGACAAGUAGGGAGCUCAUCGAUGGACGCAACCACGUUUGUCGAAACGAGAGAGGUCAUCUGGCCGAUGGCGUCGCCACGAUCGCCGUUGAGCACCAACAGCCCACUAUCUUCCCCGGAAAGCGAAAGCGCAUUGCUCGAUGGUGGCAGGCUCACGGGAGCGUGCUCCUGGACGUUUUCGCUGACGUUGCCGGGGAAAGUACUGCUUGGGAGUGACGGGGACAACAAGGUCUACCAGCUCCCACCAUCGUUCGGGGAGCGAUUGGGCGUGCGCGUGAGCGUCCAGUACGACGUCUAUGUUAAGGUCCGGCGGGCUAGGUUCCGCGCGAAUGCAAAGAUCGGGACGAUGUUCUGCUACAUGCCCCUCGUCCGACCGCCACCGCUCCCACCGCUCCGCGCUUUGGCGUAUAGGGCGCAGCUCCCGGCUCUCAUAGGCUGGCUUGGCGAUCCGGAGGGUUUCGAGGUCUUGAAGCCGGCAAGUAUCAAAACCCGGGUGUUCCACGACCGCGACGUAGAGGUUAUGUGCGAGAUAUACCUCGCAAAGCCUCUCGCUUACACCCGUGGGACGGCCAUCCCUCUGGUCGUGUCCAUAAGCUGCUCUGACCGCGCCGCGCUCGAUCUCUUGAACGCUGACGUGCUCGGCAGAGCAGUCCGGCUUAUCCGCCACGUAUGGUACGAUUCACGACCGGGAGGGAGCGCACGAGCGCAUGGUUCGCCAGCCAUCGCCGAGUUCACGCUCGGAGAACAGUUGUCGGAAAUCCCGGUGACGCUUGCGCACCACUUCGUCGCGUCGGCCGCGCUCCGGGUCGCCGACGACGAACGCGACGACGGCGUUGCCUUGUACACCCGCCGUUUCAAUGGUGAGAUUGCCCUGGCCAGGGACCUCAAGCCGACUUGCGCGCUCCCGAUAUUCUUCCUCCAGUACUCGGUCGCGAUCUUCGCGCCCGCCGCACCAGGUUUCGUUUGCGUGGACGAAGCUGACACUCCACUCUUUUCCCGUAAUGUGGAGGUCGUCACGGCAUAUGCGCCCGGGCCGCAGCCGAGGCCGAGGCCGUUCAACGCUCCUGGAUGCGAUGCUGGAACGCGGGCACGAGCGUACGGGCAAGAUACAGGGGGAAGACUGGUGAAUUGCGUGUAG